AUGCCUCUUACACUCGAUACACCCCGCGCUUACGAGAUCGGCACCAUCAACGACUUGUCCGUUGCCGCCGGUGUGCAGAUCUUCGAAGGGUCGGCCGUUGGCAUCAUUGCUGCCAGUGGGCUGGCGCGCCCUUUGGCGGCGGGUGACCUUUUUGUCGGUUUCGCUGAUCGCGGCGUCGACAACCGCACCGGCGCCGCUGCGGCCGUGCGCGUCCGUCUUCGCGAAGAAGGCAAGAUUGAACUGCCCGUGGCUGCCCUGGCGCUUGCUGAUAUCGGCAAGCAGGUUUACGCCAGCGACAGCGGCGCAUUCCUGCUGACCGCAGCAGGGAACAGCCUGGUCGGCCAUGUUCACCGUUUUGUCCGCUCUGGCGUCGGCAUCGUCAAGUUCGCCGCCCAGGCAGUGCCUGUCGCGCCU